ACGUCACGCCUAUUUCAUCUCUGGAGAGAUGGUACACCAUCAGUGUUGAGAUCAUGGGCAACGUGGUCAGUGCCGUGAUUAUUGGCAACGUAGCCGUGCUUAUAUCCAGCUUUGACGCCUCCUUCGCCAGAUACCGCCAGAAACUGGACCUGCUGGCCGAGUUCGCGGCCACGUACGACCUGCCAAGCGCCCCGGAGCCCGUCAUCAAGGCGGUGGUCUCCGAGCUGCGCCUGCUGGAGUGCUACGCCGCGGACGUGGUGGUCCGCGCGGGCGACCCCGCCACGGAGAUGUUCUUCAUCCGCAAGGGCAGCGUGGAGAUUCGCAGGCGCUCGCGCGACAGCAUGCUUCGGCUGAGGGUGAGCUCUGAGAAGGGCAGCGGGCAGAGGAGGAUGCUGCCCGCCGGGUCGUGCUUCGGGGAGGUGCCCAUGCUGAGGCGGCAGGCGUACAGGGAGGACGUGAUCGCGCACGAGCCCUGCGAGAUACUGGCGCUGGCGUACGCGGAGCUGGUGCAGGUCAUCAGCGUCUUUCCCAAGUUCCGCAUGACGUUCGCGCACAACACCAAGUCCUUGCUGUUCCAGUCGCGCAGCCUGUCCAUCCUUGAGAGCAGCAGCGGGGUGCAGAAAAUAGAAGAAGAGCAGCCCGCGGAAGAG